GGGGAGGCUCCAUUUUAGCAGGCCUGGAGGCGAGUUUGCCCAGGCCUGAUGUCUGUUGGUUGCGUCCAAGAGGGGAGCCCAGAGGAGGAUGGAGCAUCCACUGGGGUCCUCUUGGCCCUAGCACAGGAAGCAGUGACCUUCAGGGAUGUGGCCUUGGAUUUCACCUGGGCUGAGUGGGGAUGCUUGAGCACUGCUCAGAGAGAGCUCUACAGAGAUGUGAUGCUGGAGAACUACAGGAACCUGGUGUCCCUGGGACUUCCUGGGCCCAAGCCAGGUCUCAUCUCCUGGUUGGAGACAGGGGCAGAGCCACAGACAUGGGAUCCAUUGGUUCACACUGCCAGAAGCACCUCCUUCUCUGCAGGAGAAAAUCCCAGGAGUCAUCUGGGAGCCAGUGGAUGGAGCAGCCCUGCAGGUCUCUUAUAUGUGGCCAUCUUUGAAACACUGGGUGGUGCAGCUUGGGAUACUAAACCCAAGAACCAGGAGACUACAGAAAACCAAGAUGCAGGACCAGAGGAGGCAUCAGUGGAAAGACUCCCUGAGGAGAUUCUCAGGAACAAAACCUUUGUGGAUGCUCCAAUCCAAGAGAUCAGGUUAUGGAAGCCAAUGACCAGCCUGAGGCCAUGA